AUGGCGUUGGACCCCGUCAAAUACCUUAGAUCCAUCAAGUCCGUGCGCGAAACCACGUCGCAAGUUUUCCGGUAUGCAUGCGACCACGAUGGCGGAAAUCACUUCGAUCUCGAGCUCUCGCACAUGUCAGAAGUGGCAGACUUUCUGUGCUCAAUCAUCGAACGCGAUUACGGAACCCAGUACGCCAAUAUCCCACCCCACGGACGGUGGCAGCAUCUCAACUACGGGUCCCAACCGCGUGUGGAGACUUUGAUCCAGCAAUGGACCGAAGCUGGCAUCGACAAGAUAGAAAUCGCCCGCAAACUCAUCGACCUCUUCGUCCUGAGUGUACUGGUUGACGCAGGCGCUGGAAAUACCUGGAAAUACACUGUUCCCGGCACAGAAGACGCUCCGCAAAGCGUGGGACGCUCCGAAGGUCUUGCUGUGGCCUCGUAUUACCUCUUCGUCGACGGUCGGUUUUCCAGUGACCCCAAGGACCCAUACAAAGUGUGCGGUGCGGCCUUGCAAGACCUAAAACUAGACGAAUUUGCACGCGGAUUUCAAAUCUCAGAAUCGAACCCCAUGGACGGCUUCGAGGGCCGCUUGAAGCUCAUCCAACGUCUGGGUGAUGCGCUACGCUCGCAUACCGAGAUUUUCGGUCCCGAGGGCCGUCCUGGAGGUCUUGUCAACUACUUAAAAACGAAAUCGAAGACCCAGGAUGAAAAAUCGUGUAUCAUUGACUUGGAAGACGUAUGGAACGCACUCAUUGCCGGACUCACCAGCAUAUGGCCAGUUGGAAGAGCCGUGGUCAACAACGAGCCCCUGGGCGACGUCUGGAAGCUCGACACGAAGGCCGACGCGGUUGCAGAGGGCCGUGAAGACGCCUCCACGCCCGCUGGCGUACCCACGGAUCUUGUGACGUUCCACAAGCUCACGCAAUGGCUGUGUUACUCCCUUCUGGUUCCUUUGGAACAGUAUGGCUACCAAUUUACUAUCGAACACAAGGAUCUGCAAACGGGGCUUCCCGAAUACCGCAACGGUGGUCUUUUCUACGAUUUCGGGGUAUUGAAGUUGAAGCCCGAGGCAAUGGCCAGAGGCCAGCAGCUUUCAAAAGAGCUACAGAAAACAAGCGAGCUUCCAACGUUCGAGCCCCAAGACGGUGCUAUCGUGGAAUGGAGAUGUCUGACUAUUGGACUGCUCGACUACUUGCUGCUUAUUGUGAACGAAAAACUGGGCUACCAACUUGCCUUGCCACAGUUAAUUGAGGCCGGGUCUUGGAAAGCCGGGCGUGAAAUUGCUGCUAAGCUCAGACCCAAGACCGCAGGGCCUCCGAUCGAGUUGCAUAGCGACGGUACAGUUUUUUGA